GAUUUGCAAUGCAUGUCUGCAUCUGUUUCAGAUUACAGGUUUUGUCUGACAUAGUUUAGUAAAGACUCUAGACGAUGCUUUCCUGUGAAUGUUUAAUGUCACGUAGUGCUUUGUGCCUAUUUAUGACAACACUAUGCUUGAAAAAUGGUAUGACAUUAGGCAAACAUCGCGUCAGGAGAUUUACACAGAUUGAUGUCUGUUAUGAAACAUCAAAAUCACUCGAGAUGGUGGAGCAAUGUCCAACAAAUGCAACAAUUUUUCAAGAGCGUUCAGCGAAAAAGACCUGCGACCUUUAUCCGUCAUGUUCUGGAAUACCAUUAGUUUAUCACUGUGUUAGUUACAAGGAAGGUCUUGCCGAAGUAUGUGCUCCUAGAGAUCAAAUUACAGGAUUUUGCUGUGCUCUGUAUGAUGAAGGAGUUGGACGAGUGGUGGAAGACUACACCAGACCUUGUUCCAACUGUUCAUUUCGGUAUCCAUCGGAUAACAUUGUGAAAUAUCCACAAUGCAUUGCACCGCCGAAGACCACAUUCUCUGAUAAUGAUACGAAAGAGAGCGCACCAUGUCUUAACGGGAAGAAACGUGGUAAACGUCAUGCUGAAUGUAGCGGCGUGCUCAAUGAGAACGCGGGUGAUUGGAAAGAAAGUGAUUCUUCAAUUGACGCAUACGUGUAUACUAUUGCACCGCCAGUCAUCUUUAUCGUUUGUUUAACAAUGGUGGUUAUUUAUUGUAAAGGAAAAAAGAAAUCAGUGAAAAAUCCAGACGGCAAUGAGCAUGCAGAGGAUAAACUUUUAAAGAAGUCCCCAGUUCAUGAUGUAAAAACGGCGUAUCAAUUGAUAAAUAAAGAAUGAAACACAGAACAAACGUUGCCUUACAAGAUAUACUGUCACCAUUAUAAUUGUAAUAAUAAAAUUAAUCAAAUAAGUACAGUCACUUUUCUUUGACUUAGUAUAAUAAUAUCUAAACACUUUUUAUGUCUUCAAGGUUAUCUUUAUUGUCAACUUGUACAAUAUAUAUUUCAUUCUUUAGCAUUACAUGUACGUACAGUUGUUAUGUUUAAUAUACUUGUUAGUCAGUUUAGGAGUAAUUUGAUAGAUGAGGCACACUUCAAUAAAAAUAUGCGUUUCA